AUGCGGAGUGUUUUAACGGGUACAAGCCGGGGUUCCAAGCUUGCAGCGUCCAGAGCCUGCCCCCGCCAGCGGGCCGGUCCCCCGGCCUGCCCCCGCUCGGCACCUUCACCCCCGGCCGCGCUGCCCCGCUCCUCCGCCCGCUGCCCGCACGGUGGCCGCAGGGAGGCUUCAGCCGGGCAGGGAGCGAGGCAGAGCGGGCCGGCCUACCGGCAGCGCUUGAACCGCAGCGAGGUGGUCAGCUGCCUGCCUGACGGCUCCACCGCCGGCGUCGUCUUCCAGCAGGCCGGCGCCUGGUACCUGGCCGUGGCGGCCACCUACUCGACCGGCACCUACGGACCCCGGCUGGGCUGCGAGCCCUCCCAGUCGGACGAGGCGACCGUCAUCACGGUGCGCAGCAUAGCCAACCUGGAGUCCAAGGAGGAGCUGGGCAUCAUCAAGCGCAACGAGGAGCCUUUGCACUUUGUUGACGCGCCUACUACAGGGCAUGUGUAUUUGGACUGUGGGUGCAGGAACCUCAUCGUUUCCUCCAGCCUUGUCCGCCAGGGCAAGCGGGGCUGGUGGGCGGGUGUUUUCCGCCACAGCAACGACACCAAGUCCUGGAACGCCAGCGCCGUCUGCAUCUUUGGGAUGGAGGAGGUGAAGGAACAAGCCCGUGCGGUGACACACUUCGUCACGAACAAGGAUAGCCCUAAGGAACGAUCAAUCAAGAAAUUACCUACCUUGAUUCGCUCUGGAUUAGUGGCUGUUUAUGGCACGGUUGUUUUGAAUCAGAUAGUUCUCUUUCUGGGAACAGAUGAUGGACAGUUACUGAAGGCUGUUCUUAAUGAGGAUAUGGAAUCUAAUUGCCCAGAGGUUUUAUAUGAAAUUAAGGAAGAAACCUCCAUUUUCCCCAAACUUCGACUUGAUCCAGUAGAUAAUAACUACAUUUAUCUGUCCUCUGCCAAUAAGGUGAGAAGAAUACCGGUUGCAAAUUGCAGUAGAUACGUUUCUGAGCAAGAAUGCUUAUCUGCAAAGGAUCCCUACUGUGGGUGGUGUUCUUUGAAUCAAAGGUGCACAUUAAAAGAAAAUUGUACACGUUCAAACAGCAUAAAAGGUUGGUAUAAUAUUUCACAUGCACCUGAUAAAGAUCUGAAAAUCCUGCUAAGUUUCCCUGCCAAAAAUCAGGUUGCUGUGGCUGCAAGCAUAAACAAAAUCCUUACUUCCUGUAGGAUAAAAAUUGUAAAACCUGUUGAAAUAUUUUAUGAAAAUGUAGUGCUGAAAAACUCAUUCUGUUUCUGCAAUCUAACCGCUCCAGCGAUAACUGAUAAUGCUGCUCACGAUGUAUACACAAGGGAUAGUUGUAAUGCAGCUGCUUCCAAGGGGAUCACCACUGUGCAGAAAACAGAGCAUAUCAGCAUUCACUCCAUUGAACCUUUGUGGAUUUCUACAUUAGGCAAAAGUGAAAUAACAGUCAAAGGAGAAAAUUUUACACGUGCAUCAGGCAUAAAACUGAUAUUGACUGGAAUCACUGGCUGUAAACCAGACAUCAUUGAAGUUAGAAAUGUGCUAAAUGAUACACAAAUGACGUUUGCUCUCCCACCAACACGUAAAGAGGCCAAAAGUAUAUGUAUACUGGCUAAUGGGAAAAAAUGUUCACCACCAAUGACCCUACAUUAUGUUUCACUGCCAUCGUGUUUUGGAAUCACACCAAAUAGCUCCUGGAUCAGUGGUGGUCGCAGAAUUACUACAAUUGGUAGAAAUUUUAAUGUGGUGGACAGCGUGAUUAUUUCAGAUGACCAGAGAUCAAACCUCACUGUCUCUAGGUGUCCUGGAAAUGAAUCUGAAUAUCAUUACUUAACGCCAAGCCUGAGCCAUGCAACAGAGGGUAAAGUUGUUGAUAUGAUGUUAAAAGUGGAAACUACCUUUAUACCAUGUGUCAAAUUACACUAUCACCCUGACCCAGUGUUCAUUAACUACCAGCUGCACACUGAGCUGGAUCCUGAUCUGGAAUUAAAAAUAUAUGUAAGUUUGAAAGUAAUAAACUAUAAUUCCUUAUUUGAAAUAGUUAAAGAAAAUGACAACUUGAAUAUUUCUAAAACUGAGGUAGAGGUUUAUCUGUCAUAUAUGAAUGGUGCACAGACCAAAAAGGUAUGGUUCAGCGUCCAAAAUAUUACCGAAAAACCAGACCGUAGCACCAUACUGUGCAAAUUCAAAAGGGAAGGAACAGACAAGAUUGACUUUUCCACAGUGAAAGUUUUUCCCCAGAAAUACGAGGGCUGUGUCCUUCCAGUCCUAGCGUUUAGCAGCGAUUCUGAAGUGCAUGAGCCACUUGACCAGCUGGAGGUCAAAUUAGGAAAUUUUGAGCAUGAAGUCAAACCAACAUCAUCACACAUAUAUUUAUAUGUUCUUAUUUUGCUGCCUAUCAUAGUGUGUGUCAUUAUAGUGGCAUUCAUAGUUACUAGAUACAAAUCCAAAGAGUUAACUCGUAAACAGAGUCAGCAACUUGAACUACUGGAAUAUGAGAUUCGGAAGGAAAUACGGGAGGGAUUUGCUGAACUGCAGAUGGAUGAAUUGGAUGUGGUGGAUAGUUUUGGAACCGUUCCCUUCCUUGACUACAAACACUUUGCUCUUAGAACUUUCUUUCCAGAGUCAGGAGGCUUUGCAUCCAUCUUCAGUGAAGACAUGCCACAGAGCAGAGACCAAACGAGCAAGGAUGAAAGCUUCAACAUGUUGCAUGCUUUAAUUUGUAACAAGAACUUUCUUGUUACUCUCAUUCACACCCUUGAAAAGCAGAAAAAUUUCUCUGUGAAAGACAGGUGCUUGUUUGCAUCCUUCUUGACUAUUGCACUACAAACUAAGCUAGUUUAUCUAACCCAUAUUUUGGAAGUAUUGACAAAGGAUUUGAUGGAGCAAUCAAGCAAUGUACAGCCUAAGCUCCUGCUCAGACGAACUGAAUCUGUGGUAGAAAAAUUACUGACAAACUGGAUGUCUGUCUGCCUUUCUGGAUUUCUCCGGGAGACGAUUGGUGAACCUUUCUAUUUGCUAGUGACAACCCUCAAUCAGAGGAUAAACAAAGGACCUGUUGACGCGAUAACUUGCAAAGCCCUGUACACGCUUAACGAAGACUGGCUGCUGUGGCAAGUGUCUGAAUUCAAAACAGUGGUAUUGAACAUUAUCUUUGAAGAAAUCCCAGAAAACGAGAGUGGAGAUGCCUGUCAAACUAUCCAAGUUAAUGUUCUGGACUGUGACACCAUAGGCCAAGCCAAGGAGAAGAGCCUUCAGGCUUUCUUUAAUAAGAAUGGCUUUCUCUAUGGUCUUAAGCUGGAUGAAAUUGGUCUUGAACUUGUGUCUGAGGAGCAGCAAAGAGAAUUGUUAGAUAUUGAUGGUUCCUCAGAAGUGAUGGAGGAUGGGAUAAGGAAGCUAAAUACCAUCGGUCAUUAUGAGAUUUCAAAUGGAGCAACCCUAAAAGUGUUUAAAAAGAAGGCAAAUACCCAAUCAGAUGUGGACUACUCGGAUGAACACUGUCAUUUGAUUUUACCAGACUCCGAAGCAAACAAAGAUGUGAAAGGAGCAGGUCACAAAGGAAAGCAAAAAUUCAAAGUGAAAGAAAUGUAUCUGACAAAGCUUUUGUCAACCAAGGUUGCAAUUCAUUCAGUUGUUGAAAAGCUUUUCAGGAGCAUUUGGAGUUUACCCAACAACAAAGCACCUGUUGCCAUCAAGUACUUUUUUGACUUUCUGGAUGCCCAGGCUGAGAGCAAAAAAAUUACUGACCCUGAUGUGGUCCACAUAUGGAAAACCAACAGUCUUCCUCUUCGCUUCUGGGUGAACAUACUGAAGAAUCCCCAAUUCGUCUUUGAUAUUAAGAAGACUUCACAUAUAGACGGCUGUUUGUCUGUAAUCGCACAAGCUUUCAUGGAUGCCUUUUCUCUAGCAGAACAAACCAUGGGGAAGGAAGCACCAACAAAUAAACUUCUCUACGCUAAGGACAUUCCACUCUACAAGAAGGAGGUGAAAGCGUACUAUAAAGCCAUCAGGGAUCUGCCUCCAUUGACCACUUCAGAGGUUGAAGAAUUUCUAACUCAGGAAUCUAAGAAACAUGAAAAUGAAUUUAAUGAGAAAGUGGCCUUGACUGAAAUCUACAGAUACAUAGUGAAAUAUUACGAUGAGAUUGUCAGCAAACUCGAGCGAGAACGGGGGUUUGAAGAAGUCCAGAAACAGCUCCAGCAAGUAAAGGACUUAUUCGAUGAAAAGAAAAAAUGCAAAUGGCUUUGAGCAGAGCACUGACUCACAGCGUCACUGUGGGGGGGUUUAAAUAAGCGCUACUGCUCCC